AUGUCCACUGCGCAGUCCAUCUCUCCAAAAGGAGAACUUCAGCACCUCUUCCCGUCCCCGACUUACUCUGACUCGACCUCGUCGUCCACUUCCCAUCUGUAUACCCCUGACAACGACAUGGCCAAUCACGCCCAGGACGCCAACGACCGUCUCAGUCUCCACCACGCUUCUAUCAGCGCCGCCAACGCCGCUUUCGUGUCUACCACCAAGCGCAACGAUACCAGCAUGAGCGGCGACACUACCCACGAGGACAGCAGUCUUAUCUUCGCACACAACGUCAGCGGCGUUUUCGAUGCGGAUAUGAGCGGUGACACCCAGUCACUUGCAGCUGCGCUUGACUUUGACCGCAUGAAUGCCGAUAUGCAGCAGGCUCUGGGCAGCGGCGACAGCUACUCCUUCCUUGGCAAGCGUCCCACCAUUUCGCAGCCCUUUGGCAGCUUUGGAUCGAUACUGCACGUCCGUGCCGAUUCCAACUCGGGACGACGUCAUAGCAUCCAGCCAUUGAUGCCUUCGAGCGAUUCGAGCUCAUCGCUGGCUGACUACGCCAGUUUGGCCGGCAACAAUGCUGGUGCACGCAGCAUGAGCAUCUCUGUCGACGCUUUCGAGUCCUUUGGCUACCACGCAAACAUUCCGCACUCUUCCGCAAACUUUGCUCACGCCAAUACACAAGACAUGUCAGGAACUGGAUUCCUCAUGUCGCCCCCUCGUCUCACGGUUAGCAUGUCUAACAGCAACAGCCCCGCCCCAUCUCCACUUGGCGACUUCGCAGAGGAUGCAAAGCGACGUCGCACUUCUGAGGUCGACGCCACACCUGAGCGCAGCGUUGAGCAGCUUGCUCAACAGAAGCGCUUCCUUCCUCAGCAGACCCCGCCGAACAUGUAUGCCUACCAGCUGCACCCGCAGUUCUCGAUCGGCUACAGCGUUGGCGGCGGCCUGGAAACCCCUUCGUCGGUCCAGUCGAGCGCUUCGCCAUGCCGAAUUCGACGUCUCUCGCUCACCGCCAUGGACCGUGCAGCUCACAUUGCCAACCUCACUGCCAAUCUGUCGUUGCCGUCGUUUGGGGGCGAGCAGCCGCCCAAGAGUGCACCUCCACGCGCUGCCUCUGAUGCGAUGCAACAAGCACAGUCCCAGUCUUCCCUUAGCCGCAAGGCAACCGAGUCCAAGCCAGGUACCAACGGUGCCAACGGCAAUGCUAGCGGCAAUGCAACCCCCAACAGCAACGGCAAGAACCAAGACGUCUUGCCCGAUGACGUCGAGGUCGCAUUCUGGGAAGCUCUUCGACUCAUCCCCAAGCUCGGUCGUCGCAAAGUGCUGGUGCACGGCAAGCCCUGUGGUCGUAACGAGCUCAUCGCCGACUACAUCGAGCGCAAGACCAACAAGGUGCGCACUCGCAAGCAGGUCUCGAGUCACAUCCAGGUGCUCAAGAACAUUCGCAAGGGUGAUCCCGAAUUCCAGCAGCUGAUCGCGGAGCCUACCACCGAGGAGGACUUCUACAUCCCUGCUGGCGGUAUGAUGUACGCACAGACGCUCGCUGGCUACGGCUACGGCGGUCUUGGUGGUGCAUAUCCGCUUCUCUCCAUGGAAAACGCCGGUGACCUGCUCUCGCCCUAUACCCCAUCCCUGUCCGGCGGCCAGGGCCUCGCGAGCCCGCUCUCGCCUGGCGCCCCUCCCAUGUCGGCUACCCACUUCAUCACCUCGGGCUUGAAUGCUCUUCAUUUCCCGCAGCAGACCGGCAUGAAGGAAACAAGCGGCAACACAUCUUGCCCCAUCCUUCCGGCAACCUUCUCCAUGUGGGUGCAUUGCUCGUCCGGCGACGAGAAGCACGUCUACACCAACCUCAACCGCAACUCGAUGACCACCUACGCCAACAACCAGGCCUCUCUGCCCCAGAUGACGCUUGAUUCGGUGCGUGUUGGCCACUUUCGCUUCCCUCGUCUCGCCGAGAUGUACCAUCACAUGCCAUGCCAGUUCCUCCACGUCCACGUGCCACUCUCCAUCCCUCGUCACAAUGUCAUGAUGCCGCGUUACGACCACUUUAGCACACAACUCUCGCUUACGUCGGCUCAGGACUUGCGUCUUACCUCGGUGACCACUGUCUACUCGCAUGGUAAGCGUGUACUGUCGCUGGUGGAGCCCCUUGAUCCCCCUCGUAAGUUUUCGGGCAGGAACGGUGUCGAGGCUACCUCCACCAGCACAGUCGCUGCCACUACUUGCACCGCAGAGGGAAGCUCGGAUGCCGAGACUGCAGACAAGGAUGCCACUUCUCACGACGAUACGACUGCUUCGAUUCCUACCAGGAGCAAAAACGAUCAGCGCCGUGAGAGCGACGGCAGCAUUGCUUCUGUGAGCCCAACUUCGAGCGGGCCUGCUUCGCCUCGUACGCCUCUGGAUGCCAACAACCAGUCCAACAGCAACCUUCGUCACCGCUGGUGCCACCAAGCUCCUUUCGCUACUGACUUCUGGGCCGACUUCCUCAGUCGUAACCAUCCCGUCAACGUGUACAGCGGUCGCGAUGGCAUGCAGUCAUUUGGCAAGGAGCCCAGCGAGCGAACUGCUCUCGGCAUGGCUGUCUCGGGUGUCACCAUCAUCCAGGAGCUGGUGGUGGCCAGCGAAGACAGUUCUUGUCAGGGAGUUGCCGCUUCGACCGCUGCAGCUAAUCGUGAGAGCGCCGUUCUCAACGACGCUGGCCCUGGCUUGAGCCCUGGCAGCAAGGUCGGAGAUGUCGUCUUGGUGAUCGCUUGGGACCUUGAGUGUGUCGAGUCGCUUGGCACCAACCCAGGCACACCUGCGGUCUCUCUCCUUACUCUUGGACCCGGUGCCUCGCCCUUGGGCCGCACUGCUCCCCUUGCUUCUCCUUUGCACCAAGCUGGCGCUGCGUUGCACAUGACCCCUCACGACCUCUCGCCCAUGACGGCUGCUUUCCCUAACGGUGGCGCAACCCAGUACGGACAUGCUUUUACUCACCAGGAGCAGCAGGCGCAGCUCAACAUGCUCAACGGUGGAGCCGCUCCUCGCGGCUUUGCUCACGCCAAUCCUCCUCCAUCGCUGAUCCACACACAGCCCUCGCCUCAGCCCAGCUUCGGCUUCAAGACCGAGCAGAGCCAGGCUGGCUUGGAAGGCAACCUUCAGCCUCCCACUUUGCUGCGAAAGCGUGGGUUGUCGAUGAACAAGCCUAACCUGAUGGUCUCGAUCCCUCCUGCCCCCGCGUACCUCAACCCUCGGAGGAGUGCGAGGGGAGCCAUGCUUAGCCCUCACCCUCAACUCUCGCCUGCCGCCAGCCCUACACCCGCUGCAUGGGGUCGGAUCCAGCAACGUGCAGUGCACACGCCGAUCACGCCGUUCCCUCAGGUGGGAGCCGGUGUGUAUGAGCCUCCGCCGCUCAACACGGGCGUUGAUGCGAGGAUGCAAAAGGAGCGCCUAGAGAGGCACUGGGCCAGCCAAGGGAACCCACUUGGCGGUGCGUUGCCAUCGCCACUGGACAUGAGCUUCAACCAGUCAGAGGCCAACAACGUCUUGAUGGGCUCUGCCGGAAUGGCUGUAGCCGCUGUGGUGAAUGGCAACAGUGAGUCGGCCCUCGGUCUGAUGAUUCCUGGAGGCAUGCACAGCGGUCUGCCUCUUAUGUCUCCCGCUGGCUUUGACAUGGAAAGCAAGAUGGGCGGCGACAGCAGCAUGGACUCGGGCAAUAAUAGCUUUGAGCAGAUGCUUAACGAGGGUGACCUGAGCAACGACGCCACAACACAGGAGUACCUGAACGGCUUGUUGGCAUCCAUUGGUGUCGAGGGACAGGAGUUCACUGCCGCUGCCUGA